GCCAUUAUAUUGAGUCCUUCAAUAUCAGUAGCCUGUGCAGUAGUUGUAUUCUGUAGAGAUGUGGAAAUAGUGAGAAGUGCACAGAACAUUCCAUAGGUAGCUGUCAAAGUCAUUUGGAAAUUAUACACAAAAUCAAUCGCUAAAUAAUAACAUCAUUUGACAGGUCAAUAUUAUUAUUAUUAUCAAUGCCCAAUAGUUAGCUCUUGGGGAACUAGUUGGUACAUGAUAUUCACUGGGAUUGGUUGUUAUAAUAGGUGUGGGAGCAUUUGAUCACCCUCCUCCUGUGUAUUGCAUUAUUUUACAGUGGGAAAACUUUGCUAGUAUUCCAUUUAAAGUUCUUGCAAUCUUUAUUUGGAGCAUAAGAAUGAUGUCCCCCGUACCUCUGUACCUCCAUGCAACCCCUCUACGCCAUUGUUUGCCAAUUCAAUAAUUAAUUAUUCACGGCUAGUUUAUAUUAGUGAUGAUGUGAUGAGGUGAUGGGUGUGUCUCCAUUCUUUAGACAACAUGGCGAGCAAAGAACCUGUUAGCAGUGAAGUAGCUGAUACUACGUGUCACAUCUGUUUAGAGCAGUAUAAGCACCCAAAGCUGUUGCCAUGUGGACACACGUUCUGUCUCCACUGUCUGGUUAAGAUGGAGGAAGCCAACACAAAUCCUGGAGCUAAUAUCUGCUGUCCAGAGUGUCGAACUAAUCACACUAUUACGAAUGGCCCUUCAUCUUUGCUGACUGACUACACUAUGCUAUGGGAGGUACAGACGUUGGCCUGGCGUGCUGGGUUGGAUGAGAGGCGCUCUGUGUGUGGGGGGUGUCCUGAUGGUCGUGAUUGCCUCUGUUUCUGUAUUGACUGCGAUGAUUUUCUCUGCUCCUUCUGUGUACAAGCUCACAAGCGAAUGAAAACUUUAGCCAAACACAAGUUGAUUGAUGUCAAAGACCUAGCUACCAUCAAGCCUAAGCCAGAGCCUAUAUUGUGCUCAUCUCACUCGUCCCUACUAGUGAGCAUGUACUGCUCUACUUGUAGUCUGCUCAUCUGUACUGACUGUAUUACUCGUCACUCCAGGCACACACUCCACACCCUCACUGCACACACACUGACAUCCUUUGAACACAAACUGGAUGAUCUUAUCCAAAAUAUUGACAAAGCUGUAUCCAAAAGAGCUCAAAGGAUUGAGGAAAUCAACACCGCUCAAGAAACAAUGGAAGAAAAUCCAGUUAAAUUGAAACAAGCUAUCAAUGAAAUGGCAGACAAGUGCUUGUUAGCUAUAGAGCAGCUGAGAGUCAACGCACACGCACAAGUCAACCAACAACUAAUCAGCUUGAAGAAAAGUACUGAACAAAAACAGACCAUUACUGAUGAACUAACUACGCUCAAGUCUUGUAUGCAGUUCGCACAGAAAACCCUUUCAUGUAGCGAACCUGCUGCCAGAAUAGCAAUGGUUGCUAAGGCCACUAGUGUGUUGUCAGGGGUUAAAGUGACCUGUACUGAAGUGCCAGCAACCGUACCGCUGUUUAUGAGUGUCAACAAUCUCGAAUCCGUGCUCAAGUCUAAAGAGCUGGUAUCUGAAUUCAACUCAUCCAGAAUAGAGGUGACUGGUUGGACUAACUCUAUCCUCAGAAAGCAGAAGGUAGUACAAGUAGCUAUUCCAGUGGUGCCUCCUCCAAAGCCAGAGUUCAGAGUGGAGUAUAGUAGCCAUCGUCGAGAGCUUUCAGUGAAGGUCACAGUCGUGGACAAUAACACCUGGAGGUUAGAGUUCACUCCGUGCUACAUUGGAUGCCAUUAUUUGAAGGUAAAGCUGUUUGAUGAAUGGUUGUGUGUUCCAACGUCACAGUCUAGGCUUUCUAAGCACAUUAAUAUUGAAGGCAGUUUGACAGAGGGUGACAUUGUGCGACCUCUGACUGAAGAUAACACUGGUGAUCACAAAGUUGGAAGAAUUGAUAAACUAGCUAUUGUUCCCAGUAACUCAAGGAGAACUCACUCUUACACGAUGGAUAUUAUAUGGAAUUAUAAUACAGACAAUUCAGUUCUAGAAGAAAAGCAUACAUUUUCUUAUUUAGUGCGUGUUGGUAGUUUUCCUUUUGAACUUGUCCUAGCUGCUAAUACUCCAUAGGUAAUAACAUGCUGUGCAACUAACUAACUCUAACCCUAACUGUACUGUACACACGGCUUUCUGUUAUCUCAUCUCAGGAACUCUUACAAUCCUUUUCCUUUUGAACUUGCUUUGAAUUAGUGUUUCUGUGUGUGUACUUUAUAUGAUUGUAUGACUGCAUGUUGAUGUGUUUGUGUGAACGGAAUUCCUACCUACUAAUGUGUACUUAGUGCAAAUGUGGAUGCAUGUGUGUGGGGGGGUGGUUUAUUCUGUUCUGAAGUGUUUGUGUACAUAAGAGCAAUGGAUUCUUAU